AUGGCUUUACUACUGGACCUGAGGCGCGGUCUAGACCUCUCCAACCCGGGCGACAUAGCAGCCCUCGCUGUAGCCCUUACAGCUUUCUGGGGCCAAUGCCAUUUGGGCGAACCUCUGGGUAGCAAUAAGUGGUCUCAUGACCCACGUAAACUACCUUCGCGAUUGUCUGUUCACUUCGCCAACUCGUCGACGAAGUCCCACGCUCUCCGCCUACCACAAACAAAACGCAAUCAAGCACAAGGCGAAACAGUAUUCCUAACCAGACAAUCUGACCCACCCGACGCAGCCCCAGCAAUACGCACAUUACUGGAAUUUUCUCCUAAUCUCACCGCGUCACCCUUCUUAUUUUCAUUCGUCGAUGAACAACACUCCUUCCGCAUCGGAGGGACCUCAGCCCUUUUAAAGUCGGGAGUUCCCCUAGAAGUCGUAAGAUCAAUGGGUAGAUGGUCCUCCGACGUACAUCUUCGGUACUGGCGAAACGUAGGCGAUAUUGCUUCAAAGCACGCCGAUUUUAUUGCAUCCCGCACCUCCACACCCAGCCCAAUUACCACCCCUGGACCAGUCAUCACGACUGUCCCUUCGCUGCGUGCCUCACGACCCCACACGCUAAGUGUGAACCUAUACCUAACGAUCAGGCUCCAUUCGGCACCCGGCCGACGCUCCCUUCGUCAUCUCGAUUUCCUCCCUCGUUCUUGUAUGCCAACGCCACGCACAGUGACCCAUUCCUUUAACGGCGGGCACGCGAUCGGGAGCGAGCCUCCCUUGCGUCUCGGUGCCCCGGUCUUUCCUACCGGCGUCGCUAACAUGACCUCGGUGGUCCCCUCCCUUUGUAACUUACCCUCCUAG